AGCGCGGGGCGGGGGGAGGAAAAGAACCCUUCGCGCGCGGCUCGCGGGAGAGCGCAUGCGGGCAAGGCGGGGGGGGGGCUCCCCUUUGCCUGCCUGCCGCAAAUGGCUGUGGGAGGACCGAGGAGGCGGGAGCGGCUAAAGUGAAGCGGCGAGGGGAGCUCAGCUGGCGGGCAGAAGAGAGAGGACGAGCCCGCAGGCGAGAGGCGGAGCAGGAGCAACAGCAGCGCCGGCGAGGAGUCACAGAAGCGCAGGCUGCGCGCCGGGAGGUCCUGGGUGCGUCUGCUCCGGAGCCUCUCUAGCCCAGCCCAGCCCAGCCCCGCCGCCGGCUGCUGUUGGAGUCGGGCGUCGCUGCUGGUUACCGGUUGCCUAUUCACAUUGAUUAAAACCCAGUGCAACAAGGUAUCUUGAUGCAAGCAUUGACUACCCAGGCAUGCUCAGUAGCCUGAACCAAGACCAGGAGUCAAAACAGAAGAAUGGCAGAUCGUUAAUGCACUGUUGCUGCUGCUCUGGAAACAAGACCAGAGCUAGAAUCAAUAGCGGGGGAGACAAGAAUGCAGAAAGACUGUUUGGAAUCUGGACUUCAGGCUGCAGCACGACUCCUACAAGAGAAAGUAUCACCUACCUGCCCGGAGGCCAGCCUGCAUGGGAACAUCAAAGCCAGCGUUUUAAUAUUCUGCAUCCAGUUAUCUGAGGAAGGUAGAUAGUGUUACCCAGAAAUGGCCGUUUCCCUAUCCAUCCUCCUGUCCAACACACCAGUCAUGAGGCUCUUGCUGCUUUCUGCUUGGGCAGUACUAUUGACCGUUUCCCGAUGCUGCGCCGUCAGCUUUCCAGAAGACGACGAUCCUAUUAAUGUUGUUGACUACCACUAUUCAAGACAAUAUCCAGUAUUUAGAGGACGCCCUUCAGGCAAUGAAUCCCAACACAGGCUGGACUUUCAACUCAUGUUGAAAAUUCGAGACACACUUUAUAUUGCUGGCAGGGAUCAAGUUUACACUGUGAACUUGAAUGAAGUUCCAAAGGGAGAAGUUACUCCAAGCAAGAAGCUAACAUGGCGGUCAAAGCAGCAGGACAGAGAGAACUGUGCUAUGAAGGGCAAACACAAAGAUGAAUGCCAUAAUUUUAUUAAAGUCUUUGUUCCCAGGAACGACGAGAUGGUGUUUGUCUGUGGAACAAAUGCUUUUAACCCUAUGUGCCGUUAUUAUAGGUUGAAUACCUUGGAGUACGAUGGCGAAGAAAUUAGUGGGUUGGCAAGGUGCCCCUUCGAUGCUAGACAAACUAAUGUUGCCCUUUUUGCCGAUGGCAAACUAUAUUCUGCCACAGUAGCAGAUUUCCUAGCCAGUGAUGCCGUUAUUUACCGAAGCAUGGGUGAUGGGUCUGCAUUAAGAACGAUAAAAUAUGAUUCCAAGUGGAUUAAAGAGCCCCACUUCCUUCACGCCAUCGAGUACGGGAACUUUGUGUAUUUCUUCUUCCGGGAGAUCGCUGUAGAGCAUAAUAAUUUAGGCAAGGCUGUCUACUCCCGUGUGGCCCGCAUAUGCAAAAACGACAUGGGCGGAUCCCAAAGAGUGCUGGAGAAACACUGGACUUCGUUUCUGAAAGCUCGUCUCAACUGCUCUGUUCCCGGGGAUUCGUUUUUCUACUUUGAUGUGCUGCAGUCUAUCACAGACAUAAUAGAGAUCAGCGGAGUCCCUACGGUGGUCGGCGUAUUCACCACACAGCUUAACAGCAUCCCCGGCUCAGCGGUGUGUGCCUUCAGCAUGGAUGACAUUGAGAAAGUCUUCAAAGGGAGAUUUAAAGAACAAAAAACUCCAGACUCUGUUUGGACAGCUGUACCUGAAGACAAAGUGCCGAGGCCAAGACCUGGCUGCUGUGCCAAACACGGCCUAGCAGAGGCUUACAAAACCUCCAUUGAUUUCCCAGAUGAAACCCUCUCUUUCAUCAAGUCCCACCCUUUGAUGGAUUCCGCCGUUCCGUCCGUCAUUGAGGAGCCUUGGUUUACAAAGACAAGGGUCAGGUAUCGGUUGACUGCAGUUGCUGUGGACCGCUCUGCCGGCCCGUACCAAAACUAUACCGUCAUCUUUGUUGGCUCUGAAGCUGGAAUGGUGCUUAAAAUCUUGGCAAAGACCAAUUCUUUCUCUUUGAAUGACAGUGUCUUACUGGAAGAGAUUGAUGCUUACAAUCACGUCAAGUGCGGUGGGGACAGUGAAGAGGACAGGAAGGUGAUCUCGCUGCAGCUGGACAAAGAACACCAUGCCCUCUUUGCCGCCUUCUCCAGCUGCGUUGUUAGAAUUCCCCUCAGUCGUUGCGAGCGUCACGGGUCGUGCAAAAAGUCUUGUAUUGCUUCUCGGGAUCCUUACUGUGGCUGGCUGAGCCACGGGACUUGUGGGAGAGUGAGAUCGACCAUGUUGUUGUCUUUGUUUGUUUCAUACAACCACAGCGCUGGAGGAUAUGAGCAGGAUGUGGAAUAUGGCAACACAGCACAACUGGGAGAUUGCCACGAAAUUUUGCCUACUACAACUACACCAGAUUACAAAAUAUUUGGCGAUCCAACAUCUGACAUGGAGUUAUCCUCCGCUUCUAUUACCACAGUGGGAAGUAUCCCAGUUAUCUCACCCAAAGUGAUUGGUUCCUGGAAACCUAAAGUGACUGGCUCUCGGAAAUUUGUAGCCCAAGAUGACCCAAACACUUCUGAUUACUCUGAUCCAUUAUCAGGGGUCCCAAAGGGUGUAAGGUGGGAAGUGCAGUCGGGAGAGUCCAACCAAAUGGUACACAUGAAUGUCCUGAUUACUUGUGUCUUUGCUGCUUUUCUUCUGGGAGCCUUUAUUGCAGGCGUGGCUGUUUACUGUUACCGAGAUAUGUUUGUGCGAAAAUCUCGGAAGAUACAUAAAGAUGCAGAAUCAGCUCAGUCUUGCACGGACUCAAGCGGAAGCUUUGCCAAGCUGAAUGGCCUCUUUGAUAGUCCAGUCAAGGAGUAUCAACACAACAUUGACUCACCCAAACUGUACUCCAAUUUGCUAAUGAGCCGAAAAGAACUGCCAACUGGGGACACAAAGUCAAUGAUGAUGGUGGACCACAGAGGCCAACCUCCAGAACUUGCAGCGCUUCCGACUCCCGAAUCCACACCAGUGCUGCAGCAAAAGACUUUACAGUCUAUGAAAAGCCAACUGGACAAAGCACAGAACCACCUCAGUGCUUCUAGAAAAGAAACCCCUCUGAAGAGCCCUCAGUUUUUUCCAUCUAGUCCCCCGCCACAUUCUCCUUUAAGUCACGGGCACAUCCCCAGUGCGAUUGUUCUUCCAAAUGCUACUCAUGAUUACAAUAUGUCCUUCUCAAAUUCUAAUGCGCACAAAGCAGACAAAAAGAUGCAGAAUAUGGACCACCCCCUUACAAAGCCCUCAAGCAAAAGAGACCACCGAAGGUCUGUUGAUUCCAGGAACACCUUGAAUGAUUUCCUGAAACAUUUAAAUGAAACACCUAACCCCAAAGCUAUUAUGGGAGACCUCCAGGUGGCUCACCAGACUUUAAUGCUGGAUCCAAUGGGAAAUAUGGUGGAGAUUCCUCCCAAAGUUCCUAACAGGGAAGCAUCUUUGUAUUCUCCGCCCUCCACCCUUCCGCGAAACAGUCCAACAAAGCGGGUAGACGUUCCUACCACACCUGCAGUACCAAUGACCUCUUUAGAAAGACAGAGAGGCUAUCACAAAAAUUCUUCACAGAGGCACUCUAUAUCAGCCCUUCCAAAAAACUUAAACUCACCCAAUGGUGUGCUGUUAUCAAGGCAGCCUAGUAUUAACCGUGGAGGGUACAUACCUCCUGCUGCAGGCUCAAAGAUGGACUACAUGCAAGGGACACCCGUGAAUGUCCACCUACAGCCAUCUUUGUCUAGGCAAAGCAGUUACACAAGCAACGGAACGCUUCCUCGGACAGGAGUAAAGCGGACACCCUCCCUAAAGCCAGAUGUGCCACCCAAACCCUCGUUUGUUCCUCAGACACCUUCAGUCAGACCACUGAACAAGUACAGCUACUAAGACUUGCAUAUUCUAACGAGUGUGGGCCGAUGUUGUGGGACAGACGCUAAGGCAGAGACUUGCUUGUCGCCAGCAAGAGAACAAGCAGCCAAAGAAGCUGCCUUUACUGCCACAACAUCUUGUUCCGCCACAUGCCUGGCUCGAGCAAGACUCGGCUCGCUAAACAGAUUAAAACAAAGGAAGGGGCUGGCCAUGACAUUUCUUUUGUUUGGAGCAGAGGAGCACAAUGGGAAAGGACUGCGUGACCGUUCGAAAGAGCAGCUCAAGUGCUGGGGGAGGAAAGCAAAAAAGAUCCGGGAGCAAAAAAUACUUGAAGAAAUAAUAAUAAAUAAAUAAAUAAUAAAAUGGGGUUCAUUUUAGACUGCCAUAAAUGUGUAGUCUUCCCAUGAAAUGUGAACAUUUUAAGAUGUAUGCAUUUGCCUGUGCCUCUUGCACAAAUGUCCGAAAACGAUAAAUGUCUCGACCAGUGAGCUGGUUAAUAAGCAACUUGCUGAAUUUCAGUCUCUAGUUGAAGUGUAGCAAUUUUUUUUCCCUCCAAUGGAUAGCAUUUUGUUUAAUGACACAGGUAGAGUUCUGUGUGCAAGAGUGUGUGUGCAACAGAGAAAGAGAGAGAGAAUGGAUGAGUGAGUGUGAACAAGCGAGCCAUAAACACUAAGAGGUAUUCGAUCUCCUUGCAUCUUUUAAACUAUAGAAAUGUUUACAUGGUUUUAUCAUGCUUUGGUUUUGGUUCUUUGGGGCACAUGGGGUUCAUUAUGGAUCUCGUCUGGGAGGCUUGGGAUUUCAGAUUUCCUUACAUGACAGAACCAAGAACUCUGCAAAGCAGUGUAAGCAUACUCCUGCAAAAUUAUGUGACUGUUGAAUCGGAUUACUAAAUUUCAAGUGUAGCAUUAAUGGUAUUACUGGAUUUCCAUGGUCCUCAUCUAGACCUUCCUCCUAGUUUACUGCCUGGUGUAAAUGCAAGCUACAAAUGUUCUCAUUAUUCCUUAUCCAGGACAGGGGCUCUUAAAUUUUCAUCACAGUGAGCCUUCCCCACCCCCAAUUCAAAAGGCAAAAUAUUGUUUCAGUCACCUCUUCCCCCACCCUUUAUGAGACAAAAUAAAGUCAUGGGCCAAGAAGAGCCAUGGAGAGUGAGAUCCACAGGAAACAAAUAAAUAUUGUCCAAAAUAGAGGAUUGCUUCAUUGCCCCCGCCCAUAGGACUGUUAAAGCAACACAGUAGGUCAGGGGACCAUCCACCCAUCUGCCUUGUGCUAAUGGGGAACAAAGGGGCUAGCCCACCAUCUUGUCUCUUGGCAUUGUCACACGCACAAAAAAUAGGAUCAAGGUGGGGUAAGCAGGAACAAGCACCCUGUACUCAUUCCCUCAUAGGGUGACCCUCUUCACCCUUCGAGCACUGUGGAUAUGGACCAGAUGUGCGUGUAUUAAGACAGAGGGGAUGAAUUUGGAACAAGGUGUCAACUCUUGGAAAUCCCUUUUCCAAGAGGAAGAAAGGGACACCAAUUGGCCUGGCAGGAUCCAUCCACAAAGAAACUGAGCAGGGGUGUAAUCCAGUUUGCUUCAACUUGUGGGUUCUCCAAAGUCAUGCCGGUAAUGACAACAUUCUGUAAAUAUUAUGUGUGAGUUUACCUGGAUAUGUGCAUUUUGUGCCUUACUUAUGCAAACAAUUUAAAACAAAACCAAACCCUACUAAACCCUUGUCAAGUGUUCUCAGACGCACAUAAUACGUCCCUGAUUGCUAGCUGCAAGUUCUCUCAACAGUACCCAAAAAAGAUGAAAGGAACAAGGGGUAGGGAAAUACCCCCUCAAGAACAAUUAAUUAACAAUGAAAAGAAAGCCUAUAAGCCUAGGAGACAGCAGCAUUAAAUCAACCUUUUCUGUGCUAAACAUCCCACCCCUCACUCACUUAAGGAUCAAACAGUAAUAAUGUGAAAUCAUAAGAGGAUUCUAAGGUAAUGAACACCUGCUGAAACUGAGCAAGCUAUUAAGUGGGGUUCUCCAGGAUGCCCUUGCAGCUGAUGUUCAUCAGAGAUGCUGAUUGUUUAGCUUGCAGAAUGAUGCACAAGUGACGGUCACUUUUUUUAAAAAAAAGGUCAUUGCUACAACAAAUACAGGGCACUAUAUUCAAAAAAUACAACUUCAACCCAAGAUACUGAUUUCUACUACAUGUCAAGGGGGGGGGAAUAUUAGUCUCUCUCUUUCCAAAAAAAAAGAGAAUCAGUGUUCCUUAAUCUAUAGAAUAAUCUCCUUUUUCCAUUCUGUGUGUUGAUCAUUAAAAGACCUUUACUUCCCCUAAAAGUCUGGAUUGGGGGAAAAUACCUAGGACUGUUUUUAUUAAAACAUUCCAGUCUUGCAACUAAAACCAUGCCGAUUAAUAAUUUAAAAAAUGUAAACCAAGAAUCAAACGACAACACUGAAUUGAAUUCACUUUACAAAUAUUAAUUAAUAAUCCAUAUUUGUGUGAAACCGAAACAUAAAUGUUAUGUGAACCCGAAUAACUUUCUGUAACAUUGUGCUGCCUUGUUAGAUGGUAAUGUGAGUUCUCUCAGUAUUUAUGUUGAAAUCUCUAACAUUCAACAUAGUCUUUAUUCUGUUAAUUUAUAAUUUUUGUUGGGUUUUUGUUUUAAAAAUGCUUUAUCCAUUUGUGCAAAGGUAAAUGCAGAUUGUAUCUUUUUUAAUGGUACAGCAUUAAAAAAAAGCAACCCUGAAAGGAAGCUACUCUAUAUGUUCCAUAGAGUACUUUAACAUGUAUAGAUAUCUUGUAAACUUGUAUUGUGGAUGUGUAAAUAAUACGUCCUUUGGGUUUUUAACACCGCAUGUAAAGUCAAAAUAAACUAUUCAGCUGUA